AACAUCUGUAGGAAAUCCGAUUCUCGCAAGUCGCACACACAAAAUCGCAGCACAGAAACAAUUAACGAACUAUUUAUUUAGUUAUCUGCAAACCGCCGAACAAUUGCACGUGAGUCCAGCUUCGGCAGCACCGCCGCUACAAUUCACGAACGAUUUGCACUAAUAUUCCAAUAUUUUUUAACGAUUUCGGGGGUGUUUCGAAGACGAGAUCAGGAGCGUUUCAUCGUCACAAGAUGGCCGGACCUAGGCUUGGUGUCAGUCCGAUUGCUUUGCCAACCCCCCUCCCGCCGUGCACGGAACCCCCCGUAAACGUCCACCAGAGCUUUCAUUCUCGCUUCUCUGGCUCUCUCUUCGUUCCGUGCAUCGAGGCCAGAUGCACACUGGAAAAAUUACACGUUGAUUACUCAUUUCGGGUUUUGUGUGUGUGUUUUUAUCGUCCGCGCGAAGUGUGCGCCGUUCCUGUCGUUGUUGGUUUGUUGUAUUUUUUUCGCAGAGUAUCAAACGCUCUUAGUGCCGAAGUUCUAUUAUUAAUCGGAGUUGUACGUACAUUUUUUAUCGGUGUAUUUGACGAUAAUUCAAUCGUUUAUCGAUGACGAGCUGCUGUUCUUGCCGUGUGACUGGAGUAUUUAAUUUUCCGUCGAAUUUCUUCGAGUCUGCCAACCAUCCUAACGAAGGGAUCUGUAAAUACCUGAUGGAUUCGCUAUAAUUCAGAAAACUAUGUCAAUUGAUGGUCACAACUGUAGAAUAUUACAAAAUCUACAAAAACACUCUAGCGAUGUCACCUGUUGCGAUUUUGCUCCAAAUUUCGUUCUAGUUACUGGAUCGAGUGAUAAAACAAUCCGAAUAUGGGACUGGGUGCCACCGUCCGGCUAUGUAGAGAGAGCAUGCUCACCUCUGAAGGUUCACAAAUAUCAAGUGACGAGCGUCAGAGUGUCCCCACAGGGCUCUAUGCUGGCCAGUUCGUCAGUGGACGGAACCGCCAUCCUCUGGAAUAUACACAACUGCACCAAAUUGUAUACUAUGACCCAGGUUAACGGGGAUGCUAUAAGAGUGUGCAGAUUUUCACCCGACAGUGCCAUUUUAGUAACAGCCGGUGAUAAUGGAGCUAUUUGUGUAUGGGAUUUGGUACACAGGAGCUUGAUCAAAACUUUGUUUGAUCACGAAGGUACCACUCAGUCUUUGGCCUUCACCCCGGAUUCGCAGUAUCUGAUAACCGCUUGCUCUCUGGAAGUGAUCAGAAUAUGGUACGUGCAAGAUGUGAUUGAUACGACGACUGACACCCCAUGUACCCCAUUAGCUAGAAUAGAUAACGCUCAAGACAUGGGAGUGCUAUGCGUGGACAUAUCCAAACAUAUCACAUUCAAUGAAAACGAUCCGCUGAUUAGACAAUACCGACUGGCAUCUAGUGGCAACACCAACGAAAUCAAAAUAUGGACAAUCACUUCGAAAUCCACACUGAAACACAAAAAUUCGCAAAGUAACGAAGUUAACGUGGAGCUUUUAGACGUUUACGACGGCCAUACGUCGAGUGUCACUUGUCUGAGAUAUAGCAAUAACGGUGCCUACUUAGUUUCUACUAGCCUCGAUAGAUUGGUCAAAAUUUGGGAUGAGGGGGGAAACUGCGUCGCGUCGCUGCAAGCCCACAGCAGAUACGUCAAUUGUGCUGCCAUUUCGAGAGAUUCUAGUCUCGUAGUAUCUGGUUCUACAGGUUCCAACGACAGGCAGGUGAUCAUCUGGGAUUUGACAGGGAAGAUAAGCACUGACACGGAAUUGAGUCCUUUCAAAGUAACUGUGGCCAACGCCGAGGCCAUUUCCGAAUCUCAUUUGGCGCAAAACAACAACAACGAAGACAAAAUCGCCUUGUUGGAGAAAAUGGACGAUAUUAGCGAGGGCGCUAUCAACAGUUGUAGUUUUCACGGCAGGGAUUUACUAGCUACUGGAUCAGGAGACAAAUUGAUUCGACUCUUUAGGAUAUCAGGAGAGAACAACAGCAUAGAAGAAUUAGGUUAUUCGCCGCUCGAAGGUCACACAUACACGAUCAACCACGUUGAGUUUUCAAAAAACGGACAAAUGCUAGCAUCCUGUUCUUUAGAUGGAUGCACCAUCAUUUGGAAUGCAACGAACGGCGAGAAGAUUCGGUUUUUACCGAAUAAUGUUUUGUCGGUAAAAGUUUGUCGAUUUACGCCAGAUGAUCAGAUGUUAGUAACCGCUGGAGACGACGAAAAAAUUAUAGUGUGGAACUUGAAUUCUUUGGAAAAAAUUGUGACCUUGGAGGCACAUAUGGACUCCAUCCCCUCGGCCUGCGUUACCCCCGACGGGGCACUCCUAGUCACCGUGUCGCUGAAUGCCGACUUCAAGGUCUGGUCCGUCGACUCCUACAAGUGCCUCUACUGCAAAGAAGACGCCCACGACUACGGAGUCCAAUACUGUGAUAUCUCCCAAAACCUCGAGCCAAUUCCCAACGCCGUCAUCGAUGCCCAGUCGUAUCUGCUGGCCACGUGCGGGAAUGACAGCCUGGUCAAGCUGUGGAGAAUGUCCGUGCCCAAGCAUAACGGCACCCUUCAACUAGAAGACAUUGACGUGAAAUUGUGGCGAUCCCUACAAGGUCACGGAGGCAACGUUAUAUGCGUAAAGUUUUCGCAUGUCGUUGGAGAAUUUAUAUGUUCGACUGCAACUGAUCGACAAGCCAGGAUAUGGUCACUGUACAGUGCUGACUGCCUGUACGUACUAGAUCACGACUCCAUCGUCACAUCAUGUUCCUUUAACGCCGACUGCUCUCUGCUUGCCACCGGAUGUCUAGACAAAACGUUGUGGUUAUGGAAGUUGCCGCAGCAAUUGGUAUUUCAAACAGUCGUCGCUGGUAAAAUCCACUGCAGAUCGAAACAGACGGUGGACUGGUCAACGGCAGACGUUGUGAAGUGGAUUAAAGAUAUCGGGAUGCCAGAAAUCGUCCAGCGGGUACAAAAUUCCAUGCUAGAUGGUAACAAGCUCUUGACGUUUUCUGAAGAUCAAAUUUCCACCGGGUUGGACUUGGACGAAGAAACCUCCGAAAAGUUCAUCAAAGAACUGCGCUGGCUGAAAAAGGGCGAAACCAAAAUGGAGACCUCCAACGGUCUCGACAUCCCUUUCGAAUUCCUCUGCCCAAUCACCCACGAGAUCAUGAGAGAACCCGUCAGAUGCAGCGACGAACAUGCCUACGAGAGAAACGCCAUCACGGAAUGGUUCAUGUCUGGGAAGUACACCAGCCCGAUGACCAACGAGGUCCUGACCGACACUAAUUUUGUGAUUGAUUCCGAUCUGAGGAAGGCCAUUCACGAGUUUUUAGAUGCAGGGGACGGAGAAUGAAGUAUCCGGGAAGGUUGAUUGAACAUGAUUGUCUGGUGCAUUAAAAAAGAAGGAUCAAAUACCGUUAUUGUGAGCAAUGUACUUCAUGAUUUGUUUUGUCUUCAUUUUGAUACGAAGGAUUGCGAAAAAAAAUCAUAGAAAUAUGGAUGAAAUUAUUACCAAUUUCUAUGUAGAUAAUUUGGAGGAAGGAACACCAAAAUGGGGGGAAAACAAUCUAUUUCGAACGUAUAUUACAUGACUGCGUACAAUUAUACUGUUUUCUGCGAAUAACUGCUGCCCGUCCUUGUUCUUAACUACAAAUUACUGAUGAGCUAGAAACACGUGGUUGCGGCUUCACAUUUUCAAUAAUUUUCUUUGUCACAAGGUCAUUGGUCUUCUACUAUUAUUUGGUUCUUUAUUAUUUGUUUCCUUAUUGAAAUUUUUGAGUGCAGCCUUUUGGCUUUCAUAAAUUCUAUAAUGUUAUUCCUUCUGCAUAAUAACACGAAGGUUUUUGGUUGGGGCUCUGAUGCAAGGUCAUGAUUUAUGAUAAUACCAUAAAAUUUAGGGCUCAAUGAAUGAUAAUACCAGGAAAGAAAUUAAAUUGGUUUUCGCGAUAUUCAAAGAUGAAAGAUUAGUGUCGCAAUAAUUCUUGAUACUUUUGAUAUAUGAAGAUAUGAUUUUGUGGGUAUCUGAGGUAAUUUUACUCGACUGUAUAGGUGGCUUUUAUGUGAAUAGGGUGAACGUACAUAUAAAAGAAAGCUAAUGGUUCCAAAAAAAGUCCCCUGAAUCACGCCUCUGUUUAUACUAGCUGCAGAAGAUAAUGUUGCGUUUUAACAAUCUAACUUGUACCGGUAAGAUAUGAUUCAAACCACUUAUGAGUUUUUUUUCAGUGAUAUAUGUUUAUUAUCAGAAGAAUCAUGAAAUACAAAUCAAUUAACAGAGUCUAGCUUAAUGAAAGAGAGAAGGAAAAAACACCUCAAAAGUGCUGCUUUGUUCCCUCCUGUUCAUAAAAGAGAACAUAUGCCUCCUCACUCACAAGCGAUUUUGGUGAAAUUGGGGACACUUGUGAAUCGCUGUAUUCAUUCCACGUGCCACUAUACGGGUGUCUGCAAUAUGCUGUGUAAUGUCCGUUGUAGGUAGACCCACUGGGAUUCGAAAGUGCAUAUAGAUUGUAACGACAAGAAGCCACAUUGUAUGUUGCAUAAUUGCUCAUAUCUAAUCCUUCUAAAGAAAACUGAAUGGCAACAUUCAAUUUGCCUCUGAAUCUUUCCAU